AGUUUUUCUUCUAAUUGCACAGGAUGUGGGAAAUAGCAUUACCUUUUUUUCUGCAGCUACUUGUUACUAGCUAGUCUCUUGAAUACUGACUAGAGGCUCCGAACGAGGAGGAUGACAAGAGUCUAAGGCAGGAUCAUUUUCUAGUCAUGAUUUAACCAGCAGCUAAACAUCAAAAGCACAACAGAAAAAUCAUGAUCAUUUUGAUUUUGAACAAGAAGUUGGCUAAAGACACGGAAAAACUCUGCUGCAUCUCACAGAAGAAGCGGGACUGCACAAGUGGAGUGGAAUCGAGAUAGACAGUCAUUCUUCACGCAGUCUUCCUUUUCGCAGUGCAGCUAGCCGCGCAUGCUGGGGCUUGUCCUCGGCCAGUGCGCGGAGCGGCGGGGACGGGCUGCGGCUGAUGCGUCUGGAAGAAUUAGAAGUAGAGGAGCAGUUCGGAUUUUUCGCCCGUACCUUCUACUUCUCGGAUCUUCGUUCUGCGUGUUAUCACACAGUUCUUCGGGGGGCAGAAUCAUGUCUUUAUACAACUGCGACGUUGAAACUACUGAUGUAGUCAUGCGCUAAACAAGUCCGACAGCGACAAGAAAUCAAUGAAAACUGCUUGUAAAUAAAGUGCAAUGCAGAUGCUGUCAAUGUGACGCUAAUCAAAGAAAAGGAUUAGCCACUAUGCAACAACUGCAGUUUUCUGUGAGCAACAAGGUAUGUAUGAAAUUGAUCGUAAAAAUGUGGCCUCGCCGGAAACAAACGACCCGCACGCAGAGGUAUUUUUUUUUCAGUACACAGUACUAGUAGCCGAAAGGAGGUAACUCAAGAGACAAUGAAUUGGCUCCUCUGCAUAGAUGGAAGCUCGGUUAGGAUCGACGAGCGGUGCAGCACGCGAGGGGACGAGGAACACGAACAAUGGUGGAAGGCGAAACCGAAGGAAGCACCACGCCGGACGAGAACAUGCAAACGGACAACAUGAGGGGGCAGGGCGUCGGAAGGACAAGAAGGAACAGUCACAUCCUAGGGCUAGGGACAAGAAGAGCAGCAACACGGACAGUAACGAAAGUCGCGGCGGUCACCGUGAGAAACGGAACAAACAUGAACAAGAACAACAGGAUGAUCUUAGUGAACCGGGAAACUACGACGCGGGAAACCAUCAAGAUUCUGAUCAUACUGAUGAGUGCGACGUCCAGUUCCAGACUCCGCAGUCCUCGCCGCGAACACAGACUGCUGACAACAAGCGUUUGCGAGAAAAACAUGAGGAAGAAAAGCAAAAGGAACUAGAAGCACGGCUCCGCGAAGAGGCGCGGAAGUGGAAAGAGAUAAACAGGAGAAAUCACGAGGAGGAAAAGCAGCGACGAAAGAACCUGGGAUUGCCUUCGCCGGAAACGUAUACGAGAGACGUCGACCGAGGGAGACAGAGAAAAGUUUUACCGAAACCAGAGGAAUCAAGGCCACAACCCAAAUUUAAAUUACGGGUUUAACGGGCCGAUUCAUUAAACAGUAACAGUUGUCGCUAUUGCUCGUGCACUACGUCGUGUGCACCGGUUCGCACAUAAGGUACGUCAUUUCAUGUUGUGUAGUUGAACAAGAAAUAGAAAAAUAGUAGACGAUGACUAGAACAUAUCCAAGAAAAAAACAUUGUUAGUGUAGGAUUUUCAAAAAUCACCGAAUUUUUUUUUGGUCUGAAGGUCGAUUUUUUUUUUGAAAAAGGUAAGUCCGGAUUACUUUAGAUUUGCUGCUUUGGAAUGCUGAUGAAAAGUCUAGCUAUAGGCUGCUUCGGUUUUCUCAUGUAUUAGCUAGUUAAGGAGGCAGGACACUGCAUACUGCACUGGAAUCUGACGGCUCGCUUCAACACCUACCGCUAUGUACGCUUCUGGCCCCACCAGGUGGGGCCAGAGGGCUGGUCACCCAUGAACCACUGCUUGUCCGCGUCCCGCGUCGUCGCCACCGAAGAGACCUGCCUCCUUAACUAGUUUUAAUGAACCGAAGCAACCUAUAGCUAUUUAGACAAGUUAAGAAUCAUCAUACAAAAUCAUAACAGGUUCGAAGGUGGCGGACCGCAGCGAGCUGAAAACUUUCUUUGUUUCGACCAAAAAAAAAUUCGGUGAUUUUUGAGAAUCCUACACUAACAAUGUUUUUUUCUUGGAUAGAACACUGAUCUCUUGUGAUGUAGCGACGAGGAAAAAGUUUUUACUUUACAAUUAUUCGUAUUCCAAAAGUAAACUAUACUUUUCGCAGCUCUUUUUCGUGAUCACCAUCAAGAAGUUCCAGUUCUCCGUACUUAUUGCGAAUUAUUUGCAACAUGUAACUUUUUGGGAUUUCCGAAUGAAUCUGUUGCGUUGCUGUUACCAGGAUGUUGGUAAAGAAUCGGUUUCUUCGAUAGGAGGUGAAGAACACAGCCAGGCUUGUUAUACUUGCGAGGAAUACACUCGCCCUGCCCUGCCCCUGCAGCUGACACAUUCCUUUUUAUUGCACAAGGACAAGAUUAAGUAGUUAAACAUAAACUCACUUCCACUUGUUUUUGGAUUUGUAGACAAGAGAAGGAACAACUUGCUGCAUUUGAAGCAACGCCCCCAGGACGGGGCCUUCUCUUCUCUUCUGUAGUUUCCGUUAUGUCAUUGUCAAAAGUGUACACUAUGAUUAUUUGUUUGGUUGAUGCAUGUUCACGUUGGUGAUUGGAAUACUAAUACUAUAAUUUUUUUGUUCAUGUCUUCGGGUAAAAAAAAUUGCGCGAAACGCAUGUACAUGUUGAGCAUUGUUUCCCUAUCCCUGUGUUGGUCUUGGUGCU